AUGUUGUCGACCAAGAAAAUCGCGCUUCUCUUACGAAGAAAGCCCCUUGCGGCAGUCGGCUUUGUGGCAUUCUUCGUUACUGUGUUCUUGUUUGUCUUCUCGACUGGCCCUGCAACAACUAAACCUAGAUAUUCAUAUGCUAAGAAAAACACCGGAUGGUUCGCGCAGAAAAACAGAGACUCCAAGAUAGUGACCAAUAUGCCUAAAGAACAUAUUGCCCAUUACGAUUUGAACGCCUUGUCCGAAUCUGUCAAGGCCUCCGGCAGAGGUGAGGUGUUGAUCUUGACACCUAUGGCCAAGUUUUUGCCUGAGUAUUGGCAGAACUUGAACAAGUUGACUUACCCUCACAAUUUGAUCUCCUUGGGUUUCAUCGUUCCACGUACCGCCGAAGGUGACCAGGCAUUGAAGCAAUUGGAACAGGCUGUCAAGACCGCUCAGUCGAAACCUCACAAGUUCAAGAAGAUUACGAUUUUGAGACAGGACACCGAGUCUUUGGGCUCGCAAUUGGAGAAGGACCGUCACGCUUUGGCAGCCCAAAAAGAGCGCAGAUCCAUGAUGGCUUUGGCAAGAAACUCGCUUUUGUUCACCACAAUCGCUCCUGCUACUACCUGGGUGUUAUGGUUGGACGCAGACAUCGUCGAGACUCCAACUAGUCUUCUCGAGGAUAUGAUUAUGCAUGACAAGCCAGUCCUCAGUUGUAAUGUGUACCAACGUUAUACUGAGAAUGGAGAGCCAGCUAUUAGACCUUAUGAUUUCAACAAUUGGGUUGAAUCUGAGGAAGGUUUACGUAUCGCCUCCGAAAUGGCUGAUGAUGAGAUUAUUGUCGAGGGCUACAGUGAAAUUGCUACUUAUAGAGCUUUGAUGGCACACUUCUAUAAUGCUGACGAAAACCCAUCCACCUUGAUGGAGCUCGAUGGUGUUGGAGGCGGUGCUGUCUUGGUGAACGCAGAUGUGCACAGAGAUGGAGCUAUGUUCCCAUCAUUUCCAUUCUACCAUCUUAUCGAAACUGAGGGUUUUGCUAAGAUGGCUAAGAGACUCGGGUAUGAGGUAUUUGGAAUGCCCCACUACUUGGUGUACCACCACAAUGAGUAG